CGCCGCAGUCAGUCGUCGACGCGCCGUGUAUUGACGUGCGACCCGCCAUAGAGCUGUUGUCGCCGGACGGCGUUUAGUUUUUUACCUUAUUAUUAUCAUUUUUUAUCGUUAUUCAUUUUUUUGUUUUUAACGACGUUAUAACUGCACACGAUAUUAUAAAUAAAUUGAUAUUAUACAUACAUUUUUUUUUUAUUAAUCGCUCGUGUUAUUUUUACGGUUAUUGUACGUCAGGGUGUUUUUUUUUUUGCCAAUCUGUGAUCGUGCCCCCAAAAUAUCUAUUGAUUCCGUUCGAUAUAGUAGUGCAAAAUAUAUUAUAAUAUUAUUAUUAUUAUUAGUGUUUUGUGUUUUUUUGAUGUCAAGUGCUGCGGGUAUGCGCGACCGGUCGCCGUUAUGAUGAGUUCGCCAAAGUCGUCCGACAGGAAACCGUCGACCACCGGAAGGAAACAGUCGUUUUCCCAACACAAGUCGUCCAACGAGGACGUUUACCGGCCGCAGGACGAAUACGACACGCCGAAUCAAAUACUGGAUCGUGUGAAAUGCGACCACGUGACGGUUACAAAACCAGAAGAAGACAGACGAAGGAGAACGAUAAUUGUCGAAAAAAAUAAUGGCAGUUAUGGUUUCAUGCUCCAGAGUUAUGGUAUUCACUAUAAAAAAGAACAGGAAAUCGAAAUGAUCACCUAUGUGGAUCACGUUGACUACGACGGACCGGCGUACAGAGCCGGCAUGAGAGAAGGAGACGUGAUCCUGUCGAUAAACGGCGUCGACAUGGAAAAGGCUGACCACAAGACUCUGGUGGGUUUCAUCAAAAGCUGUGAUGCCAGGAUGCGAAUGGUUGUCCUGUUCGAAGACUGUGUCCGCAAGGUGGACCUGCACAUGAGGUACAUCCAACUGCAGCGGACGCUCCAGGCCAAAGUGGAAGAGUUGGAAAAAGUAGAGAUCAAAGAGAGAGAGUUGAUGGAAGGCAAGUGGAAAACGCACAGUUUGCCGGCCAGGAAAAAAUCCAACCAUUCUUCCAAAACCAACGCCGCCGAGCGUAAAAACGUAUUGACUGAAAACGGUGAUAGUCCCAUGUCCAGGCCUACGCUAUCGACCGAAGACGUGGCCAAACCUCAACCGAUUUAUGUACCAAAACAAAAUUUUAUGUUAGCUUAUCGGCCCCAACAUUUUGUCGACCAGCACGGACGUUCCUAUUAUCUACAUCAGCCAGCCACUGCCAUUAUCAACGGCGACUCGAAUUAUGUGGGUUGGCACAGCAAUCGUCCGGCGUCCAACAACAACAAUUUUGAACAUCACGAAAAUUGGAACGUGUCGGACCAACCGGUGCAGAGGAGACGUUCGCACUACGUGGUCGAGGUGAGCCGAAGGUGCAGCACAUCUUCUUCGGACGUGCCCAAUCGUUCACAACAACAGCAAUACAACGAAGGUUCCAAACAAAACUUUCCCAACAGGGCUUCUCAGCGUUCUUCAUCUCAAGGCGACACAUGCCCGCGAUGGGGUUGCAUACGUGGUUCGUCCAGUGACAAACGACGGGAACACCAGCAGCAGCAGCAGGAACAACAAGGACAAGACGACGUCAGCUUGGAGGCUUACGACUUGGCUGGCGGGACGUGUUGCCCGGGAUCGCAGUGCGUUCCCACCAGGAGACACCACAGGCGCAGGCGCAAGUCGACCCACGGUCGCGACAAGAGUCCAGAAUGCAAGUCCGAGAGUUCGUACUGUCGAAAAGGCCACGAGAAGCGUCGACACUCGUCGGCCCGCAACCACGACGAACCGUCUUCCAGGCACGCGCAUCGCGGCGACGGCUACGCCACGCUAGUCGACAAUUACUCACGGUACGCGUCCGACGAGCGCGUCUGUUCCAGGCACCAGCUGCUGCACGGCAGCGUCACCGACAACAGCCCGGCGUCGUACACCACGUCGCUGAGCACGGACACGCUGUACUGGGACGACGACCCGCUGCAGCAGCCGUCGGCGGCCAACUCGCGACAGCACUCGGUCAAGUCGCAGUCGUCGUCGGCGUACAGGCGCGAGCGUUGCGGCGGCGCGGUCAAGCCUGUCAAGUCGUGGGACAACCUGACCACCAAAUCGUUCGGCGGCUACGGGUUCGGUUACGAUUACCUGGACCGCGAUCAGAUGCACCAGCAACAACAGCACACGGUGUACAUGCAGCUGAAGAACGUCGUCAAGCCGGCGGCGGGCGGUUACGACAAGAACAACGGCGGCCAUCACCAUCACCAACACGACGGUGGUGAUCGUCAUCGUCAACAUCAACAUCACCACCACCACAACAACCGUUGUCAACAGCACGGCCGGCACGCGGUCACGGCCAAGUCGACCGAAGCGCUGUUGACGCUGCCGCCGCAAUACCCGACGGCCACGGCGGCCAGUUGCGAAUUCUUGGACGCCUGCGACGCGUACGACGACGACGACGACGACUACCGCAACGACAAGGCCAGUCAGACGGACUGCCGCAGACACCGCGUCAACAACGCCGCGGCCGCGCAUCAACAACAGUCCGAAGUCACCAGAUUGUAAAACACAAAAUGGGAAUCUCAAAACGGCUAUGUUUUUUUUUUUUAAAUUUUACUUUACUUGUAGGCAUAAAAAAGUUAAAAAAUCAGAGCAACAAAAGUGUGUUAUACAAUGUGAUAUAACGAUUGAUGUUAUUAUUAUUUUUUAUUUAUUUAUAUCUGUACAAGCGCUAAUAUUUAUAAUAUGUUCGGUACGCCAAGUCCAGGGAUGUUUAUCUCUAGUCAUUAUUCAUUUUUAUCUCUUUUUAUUAUUAUUACCACGUUGUAUAAUUAUUGACGGGCACAAACGAUUCAUAUUAUUUAGAUGGAAUCGAUUGCUCGCGGAUCGUUUUGCGCACAGACGGAAGUGUGAAGCAAGUGUUUUUUUGUUCUUUGUCAAAUUCCGAAUUACAAGCAAAAACAAAAA